CAAACUUUGCAAUGUUUUUCAUUCGGAUUGCGCAACAAUUCAGUUAACUGUGUUUGUAUCUGGAAGUGACAAGUGCACGUUAAAUCAAGUUUAAUUAGCAUAUGUAGGCGAAAAUCAACGAUGGAAAAAGAAAGAUUCACCAUGUUAUUGUUGGAACCAGGAGAAAUUUUUUUCGAAGAUUAUAGUGUUCGCAUGAAAAUUCAAGAUCCAUCAAAUUCCAGUAAAGUCGAGUGGGUAGAUGGAAGAUUGAAACUUUGCUGCAAAUCUUUGGUUUUUGUCAGCAAAGACAUUAAUCAACCCCUUAUUAAAGUUCAAUUGAAAGAAACAUGCAAAGUGGAGAAAAUCACUGACAACAAUGCAUCUGGAUCUAAUCUUUUGGCUGUGACCUGUAAACAAUAUGUCGAAAUGUUCGAAGGUAAUCGACUCGAACCCUACAAAUUUAUUCACAGAAACGCCUCUUUCCUGUUCAGCUUCAAUUACGCAAAUGUUGAGGAUUGUCUUCCCCAUAUCAUGCAACUACUUAGAGCAGCUACUCUUCCAACUGCUGAACAAAACGCUAUGAUUAUGGCUAUAGUACAUUCGAGACAAUCAAGAGUUUCGUUUGAUACAUCAUGGCUCGAAGAUUUAUACGAACAAGUGGUUCUUGAAAUUCAGGCCAACAAAAUUCUUCCCCUCGUUGUUAACCCAGGCAGGAUAUUGUUGACAAACAGUAGGAUCUACUUUCAGCCAUACAACAAUAUGGAUCAGCAUCCGGUUUUGAAAAUUAAUCUAAAAAACGUGAAGAGCGUUUUAAAACGUCGAUUUCUAUUAAGGCAAGUGGGAUUGGAAAUAAAAUGGAAUCGUCAACCGGACAAUAAGAAUGAGUUUCUUUUUUUGUCGUUCAAAAAUCAAGAAAACAGAGAUAAUCUCUUCGAGAGUUUAACGAGCCAAUCAGAACUUCGACUUGAUACGAUUCCUCAAAACCAAAUGACGUUACAGUGGCAAAACGGAGCUUUAUCGAAUUAUGAUUAUCUUUUGUAUAUCAACAGCUUAGCUGAUCGGACAUUCCAUGAUUUGACUCAGUAUCCUGUAAUGCCUUGGAUUAUUCGGGAUUAUAGUUCUUCGACGCUGGACUUCAAUGACGUUAAUAUUUACAGAGAUUUGACGAAACCUAUUGGUGCCUUGGAGCCGAAUCGUUUGGGCAGACUAAAAGAACGAUAUGAGGAGAUGACGGAAAACAAAUUUUUGUACGGAUCUCAUUAUAGCGCUCCAGGGUUCGUCUUGUUUUAUUUAGUAAGAAAAUAUCCUCAGUACAUGCUCUGUCUUCAAAACGGUCGAUUUGAUCACCCGGACAGAAUGUUCAACAAUGUAGCCGACGUAUGGAAAAAUGUAUUGAUGAACAUGUCGGACUUUAAAGAGCUGAUACCCGAAUUUUAUGACACGAACAACGGUGGGGAUUUUUUAGUGAAUAGCUAUGGUAUCGAUUUUGGAUAUCGACAUGACGGUACCAAAAUUGGUGAUGUACAGCUACCGCCUUGGGCUAAUGGGCCAGCUGAUUUCAUAAAAAAAUUGAGAAACGCCAUGGAAAGCGACUGGGUAUCGCAGAAUUUGCAUCAUUGGAUUGAUUUGAUAUUCGGUUACAAGCAACGAGGCAUCGAAGCCGAAAAAGCUGACAAUGUAUUUUUCCAUCUGUGUUACGAGGGGGCAGUGGAUCUUGACACGAUUCACGACAUUAAUGAUCGUCAUGGCCUCGAAGUACAAAUAAUGGAAUUUGGACAAAUUCCUAAACAGGUUUUUACCCUUCCACAUCCAAAACGUUUGGUGUCUUUGCAAAAUUUAACGAUCGACCAGCGCUUGUCGAGCUCAGAGCAGAGUCCAACUUUAGAAAACAAGUCCCUGCCAAAAAGACAAACGUUACACCAAUUGACAAUAUUUCCAUCUCACAAAGAAGCCAUUUCGAGUGUAUGCUUGAUGAAUGGAGGAUUCGGCGAUGACAUUGCCUCGGUUGGCCAUGACGGUGUCCUCAAAUUAUAUUCGGUGAAAACUGGAAAGUCCACAAGAAGUGUAAAUCUUUCCUCGCUACCUUUAUCUUCGUGUAUUUCGUAUCGAACUUCCACUGGACGAAAUAUUAUUGUUGCUGGUUCCUGGGACAACACUUUAAUAUUCUAUGACGUUGAAUUCGGCCGUGUAAUCGAUACUCUCCACGGCCACGAGGACGCAGUAUCCUGUUUAGCCUGGAUAUCAUCUAGUCAAAUAAUCGUGUCAGGCUCGUGGGAUUGCACGGUUAAAAUAUGGCGAAGUUAUGAUUCAGGAUCGAAAAUAAAACCAGCGGAAUGUCUUAUAGCUCAAUUGGAUCACGAGGCUAAAGUUAUAGCAUUGGACGUGUCCAGAAACGAAAAUUUGUUGGUGUCCGGUACGGACGACGGAGAGAUUUUUUUGUGGAAUACGGAUUCGUAUGACGUUACGUACACGAUCAAAGGUCACACCGGCAGGAUAAAUGCAAUUAAAUUUGACUGUGAAUCGAAAAAUAUAAUUUCGUGUUCGAACGACAUGGCGAUUAACGUUUUCGACAUACAAACGAGUACGAGAAUUUACAGUACAACUUUGGAGGACGAGCCAAUCGCUCUCAGUUGGAACAGUACAAUUUUGUUCAUCGGUGACACACGAGGCAAUCUCAGUUUAUGGGAUUCUCAAGGUGCUCUUUUCCUUUCAACCCUGAAUUGUCACGCAGGUAAUCUUACAACAAUCACCACGACACCCGAUCAAAGCCGUGUUAUCACGGGUGGAGUCGACAAGAAAAUUAUUGUUUGGACGUGCCAAUGACCUUCAAAUUCUGAGAAUCAUUCAUCAAGUUUAUAUCUUCGUUGAUAUUGAAAUAUAUAUUGUAUAUAUUGAAUUCGUACUUCAGGAGGAUUGAAAGAAAAUUCCAUUAAUGUAUAGUUAAGCAAAUAUUUCAUGAAAACGGAAAUAACAAAUAAGUAGUUUGAUUUUGAGAACUGCAAAAUUAUAAAACUCUUGAUACUCCAUAAUACUAAUUCGACAACAAAGUUCGAUAGCCAAAUAAAAGAAAAAAGAAUGAGUGAUAUCAUGACUUCACAUGGUAGACCAAUUUUGAUAGUAUUAACGGCCGAAAUAGAGUGAGUAAAUAAAAUAUUCUCUAUUGCUUCUCACGAUAUUAAGGAGUUUGUUGAUUCGAGCGAUUAUUUAUUAUUUUGUUCAUUAUUCGUGAGCACUGUGGGCACGGAGUUUUAGUAAUGUUCAGUGAAUUCGUUUUAUUAUCUUACAAUUUUAAUAUUACCGCGAGUUUCACACAAAUUUACAUCUUUGUACAGUGAUUCCUCAAAAACUAUGAAGCUUUUUCAAUUGCUCGUAAGUUAUGAAGAAUAUUAUAUUCCACGGGCCCAUUCGUAGAAACGUUGGAACGAAACCCUUGUAAAGAGCGAAGAAUCCCUCAUUUUUGAUCGUCUAACAAAAUGUAAUAAAAAUCAAUGUUAUAUUAUA